AUUCAAAGCUAAUGGAACAAUCUUCAAAUGUGAUUAUUUUUUGCUUGUUUAGCUUGUCAUCUUCCUGUGGGCAGAGGACCAGGUCGAUGAAGUUGUUUUUCACACGCACUCAGUUUUCGCGUCAUGUUUAGACUGUCGUUGGGUGUUUAUGGAGAUGUUAAGAAAAAUGAUUCACAGCGCACCUUUCUUCUGUCUGUGUGUUUCGCUAUCGACUGGUGUUUUUGGUGAUACAGAUGAAGGGAAGUCAGUGUCAGUGCUGGAGGGAGAUUCUGUCUUUCUAAACACUGAUGUUACUGAAAUACAGACAGAUGAUCAGAUACUGUGGACGUUUGGACCUAAAGAGACGAGAAUAGCUGAAAUCCACAGACAGAACCUUUAUAUAGAUGCCACUAAUACAAUAUUUGAGAAAAGACUCCAGAUGGACAAUCAAACUGGAUCUCUGACCUUCAGAAACAUCAGAUCUGAACACUCUGGACUUUAUAAAGUAACAAUCAUCAACAAAGAAAGAGGAACUUCAUACAAGAGAUUCAAUGUUUCUGUCUAUGCUGCUCUGCCUGUUCCUGACAUCAUCAGAGACACUUCAAAUUGUUCAUCAUCAUCAGUGUCCAGAUGUGUUCUGCUGUGUUCAGUUGUGAAUGUGAGUGCUGUGACUCUCUCCUGGUACAAAGGAAACAGUUUAUUGUCCAGCAUCAGUGUGUCUGAUCUCAGCAUCAGUCUCUCUCUACCUCUGGAGGUGGAAUAUCAGGAGAACAACAUCUACAGCUGUGUGAUCAACAAUCCCAUCACAAACCAGACUCAACACAACAUCAACAUCACUCAACUCUGUCAGCCAUGUCCAGAACGGGGAGAGAGUUUACGUCUCAUUUCAAUAGUUGUUAUAGCACUGCUGCUGCUGCUGUUAGCUGUAGUUGGAGGUUUGAUCUACUGCUUCAGAAAGCGUAAACAAUUGGGAAAAGAAGGCAAGUACUGA